AUGUUCGGUUUUGCCAGGGCAGCUGCGCACAGGAGCUCCCUCAUUCAGCAGGCCAGAUAUGCAAGCGAAAUUCCAAAAAAUGCUUUCGCUUUGGUUGUCGGUGGUGGUAUUGUUGGUACAUCAGUAGCAUACCAUUUGACGCUUCGUGGUGUUCGUAAUGUUGUUUUGCUGGAAAAAGGCAAACUAGCAUCGGGAACAACAUAUCAUUCGCCAGGUUUGGUGAGCUCUGCACAUCCGGUACAUCGUUACAAGCCAUUUCUUGCUUGGUCCGUCGAACUUUAUGCACGCCUGGAUGAAGAAACGGGAAAGAAAGUGGAGUUUUCCCGUCCAGGGACUUUAAGAUUGGCGACAAAUGAUGUUCGUUUGGAUGAAUUCCGGCGCUACACAGCUCGUGAUUAUUUUCAGAAAGGUGAUGUAGCGAAGACUACAUUGAUCGAUGCGGAUGAGGUGAAGCGAUUAGCGCCUAUCAUCGACACAACAUCAGUGCUUGGUGCCUUGUAUACUUCCGGUGAUGGCUUCAUCAACGCACAAAGUCUUACACGAGCGCUGGCCGAAGGAGCGGAAAAA